AAGUUAACGUUUUAUUCUAAGCAAAUGCAACAAGAAAGAUCUACGACCCAGGCUAUAAAAGAGAAGAUCACCGGCUUUUCUAGUUCUGUAUCAUAUGAGAAAUGCUGAGGAAUGUUAUCCACAGCUACAGAUGGACUCACUGGAUGGUUCAGCAAGUUGCCGUUCAUCGGAAAGAAGGCCGAGGAGCAGCAAGAAACUCCAGAAUCAGAGGAGAAAGUCUAGACUACCAUAGCUUAUGGUAGGAUUAGACCCUUCAUUAGGUCAUAACU